AACGCCUGGCAUUACCGGGCGCGCUUUUACAAUUGUCACGUUACCGUUGAGCCUUAUUUUUGCGACAUGAGGGCGGCGUUGGUUGUUGCAGCUCUUGUCGCAUUUUCGGCUGGAAACGCUAAUGGAUACUUCGGAUACUUCGGAUAUGGACGGGAAGCGAGCCAGAAUUACCAUGAGAUGCUGACCAACUGUGAACGGGAGGGCGGUGAAUGCGUCGACGUAGAUUUAUCGACACCGGAUACCCCUGCUCCUCCUCCUCCUCCGAUUCCAACUACCCCAGCGCCGACCCCGGUCCCAUUCAGGCCGACGCUGCCGCCGACGUUGCCGCCGUCCCUUUUACAGGGACUUUUAAUGCUUACGUUACCGCCGUACAUUCCCCCACCACAGGUUCCGGUGACAUCAGCCCCCCUUCCGACGACAAGCGCUCCACCGGCAACUACGCUUGCUCCGUUUGUAUACCCGAUAGCAGCACAGACGUCUGCGCCACCUGCCGCACCACCGGCUGCUCCGUUUGUAUACCCGAUAGCAGCACUGACGGCUGCGCCACCUGCCGCACCACCGGUUGCUCCGUUUGUAUACCCGAUAGCAGCACUGACGGCUGCGCCACCUGCCGCACCACCGGCCGCGCCACCUGCCGCACCACCGGCCGCACUUCCGGCCGCACUUCCGGCCGCACCACCGGUAGUACCGGCAGCUGCUCCUCUCGCGCCGAUCCCCAGGCCAAACGUUGGUCGAAGGGGCCGUCCCCAGUAUAGCAACCAAGAGGUUGAAGUGGAGGUCCGCCGCAAGCGACAAGUAUUCUUUGACCCCUACAGCUACCUUCACCGUGAGUGCAAGGGCGGCUGGGAGUUCGACAUGGGCUGCAGUGCGAAAGGCGCAAACGUCUGCUGCUAUUCUUCCAGCAAUAGUUAUCGGAAAUAACAGAUUCCGGUCUCAAUACACAACAGCAUUCUACUAGCCAGAAGCAGAAUAGAAGCGCGUCACAAACUAAACCAAAAAUUACGUCAUUAAUUCCGUCAUGAUUGCGUCACUGUAAGGGUCACCCGUGUUGUCCAACUUUGUAAAUAAAAUAUCACCUGUAACCAA